AUGCGUAUCCUCGGAUUAACUUCCUACACGGAAAAUCCUGCAUGGCGAUAUCCACUUAUGAUUUAUAAUAUUAUGAUUAUGAUAAUCAUGAAUGGUUAUUCGGCUUUUAUUAUAACAGAAAUAGAAUUUACUGGAUUUAAUGUUAACAUUGCAUUUGCUAUUGUUCAUGCAUGUUACCUUGCAAGUGGUGGGAUUUGCUCGUUAUUUCUCUUCUGGAUGCGAAAAAGUUUCAAUCGAUUGAUUAAAAUUGUUGUACAACAGGUAGCUAUACAUGAUCCAAAUUUCAAACAUGCCUUACGACUUCAUCGGAUGUGUAAAAUAAUGGUUGGUCUAACUAUUUUCUGGGCUAUGAUAGCUGUUAUUACUACAGCUGCGAUUCAUAAAAAAACAAUUAAAAGUGAAAAUAGUGAUCUUUGGAAUGUUAUAUUAAUGAUUAUUCACCAUUACGUUGCAUUUUUGACGCAAUCGGCGUUAAUGAGUUGGUCUGUAUUUUUCGCCUUUCCGUGUUAUAUUCUUGCAGUUUGCUUUGAUGCAUUUAUUGAUGACAUGCAUCACGAUGGUAUAGUUAUAGAUCAUAAUUGGACAAGUAGCCAAGCAGUUAACCAUGUAUUGAAAUAUAAACAUCGUUAUCGAGGUCUAAAAAAAACUGCUGAUAUAAUUGAGGAGCAAUUCAAAUAUGCAAUAGCAUAUGUCGAUGCAUUAUGCUUUACCGAACUAUGCUUCAUACUGUAUACUUAUUUGGAAGAUAGAAGUGAAAGUAAAACAUGGAUUGAUACGAUAUUAUGUAUACUGUAUGCUAUUAGUUCAUUAUUUCAUAUGACUUUUUUCACUGCACCUGCUUAUCGACUUUAUGAAAGAGUAAUAGUUUAA